UGGAGCUGCUGCUGCUGGAGCCCAUGGCGUACACCAUGACUCCCACGCCGGCAGGACCCAUUGGCUCCCAGUACUGCGUCUGCAAAGUUGAGUUGUCCGUCUGUGGCCAGAACCUUCUGGACAGGGAUGUCACUUCCAAAUCCGACCCUUUCUGCGUCCUCUUCAUGGAAGUCAACGGGAAGUGGGUGGAGCUGGAUCUGUUGGAGCGGAUCCAGAACAACCUCAACCCAGCUUUCGCCAAGAAGUUCAUCAUUGACUACCACUUUGAAGAAGUGCAGAAGCUCAAGUUUGCCCUGUUUGACCAGGACAAGUCGAGCAUGCAGCUGUAUGAGCAUGACUUCCUGGGCGAAUUCUCCUGCACGCUGGGCAUGAUCGUCUCCAGCAAGAAAAUAACAAGGACCCUGCUUCUGGGGAAUGGCAAGCCGGCUGGGAAAGGGAUGAUCACGAUAGCUGCCCAAGAGCUCUCGGAUAACAGGGUCAUAACUCUGAGCAUGGCCGGCAGAAAACUGGAUAAAAAGGACCUGUUUGGAAAGUCAGACCCCUUCCUGGAGUUUUAUAAACCAGGUGACGAUGGGAAAUGGAUGCUGGUCCACAGAACAGAGGUGAUCAAGUACACGCUGGACCCAGUCUGGAAGCCGUUCACUGUGCCUUUGGUGUCACUGUGCGAUGGAGAUGUAGAGAAGCUGAUAAAGGUGACAUGUUACGACUACGACAGCGAUGGGGGACAUGACUUCAUCGGGGAGUUUCAGACCUCAGUGGCCAGGAUGUGUGAAGCCCAAGAUGCCUUUCCGCUCGAGCUAGAGUGCAUUAACCCCAAAAAGCAAAAGAAGAAAAAGAAUUACAAGAACUCUGGGAUCAUCAUUGUCAAGUCCUGCAAAAUAACCAGAGAUUUCUCCUUCCUGGACUACAUCCUGGGAGGCUGUCAGCUGAUGUUUACUGUUGGGAUUGACUUCACAGCCUCCAACGGGAACCCGCGAGACCCCUCCUCUUUGCACUACAUCAACCCCAUGGGGACAAACGAGUACUUGUCGGCUAUCUGGGCUGUCGGCCAGAUCAUCCAGGACUACGACUCAGACAAGAUGUUUCCUGCUCUGGGAUUCGGUGCCCAGCUCCCGCCGGACUGGAAGGUAUCCCACGAGUUUGCCAUUAACUUCAAUCCCACGAACCCAUUCUGUUCAGGUGUGGAGGGCAUUGUCCAAGCGUACUCAGCCUGCCUGCCCCACAUCCGCUUCUACGGACCCACCAACUUCUCCCCCAUCGUCAACCAUGUGGCCCGCUUCGCGGCUCAGGCCACCCAACAGGAGGCUGCAUCCCAAUACUUCAUCCUCCUCAUCAUCACGGACGGGGUGAUCAGCGACAUGGAUGAGACGAGACACGCCGUGGUGCAGGCGUCCAAGCUGCCCAUGUCCAUCAUCAUCGUGGGGGUGGGCAAUGCCGACUUUGCCGCCAUGGAGUUCCUGGACGGGGACAGUCGGGUGCUGCGCUCCUACACCGGCGAGGAGGCCGUGCGCGACAUCGUCCAGUUUGUGCCCUUCCGGGAUUUCCGCAACGCGCCCAAGGAGACCCUGGCCAAAGCUGUGCUGGCGGAGCUGCCCCAGCAAGUCGUGCAGUACUUCAAGCACCGAAACCUGCCGCCCGUCAACUCGGAGCCCGCGUAGAGCCCUGUCAGGCUUCGCCCGCUGCAUGCUGCCGAAGGCGCAGGUUCCACACGCUUUUAAGAGAAGACUACCCUCCCCAAAACACUUUGUACUUCCUAAUUUAACUGCUAAGUUCUUAAAACUCAUCCCAGAGAAGCGUCUGGAUUCAUUUUGUACAGUCCCGGCCCCAGGUAACAUGAAGCGGCCAGGCUGUGCCCUGGUCCCGCUCCCUUGAGUUACUUUUCAGUAUUGAAUGUACUUUGUAUAAUUUCAGUGGAACAGGAUACGAUUUUUACAAUCAAAACUUGCUUUUUCCAAGCAAUGAAAUGCUUAAUAUAUUAAUUCUCAUUCAAUGAACUGGUCCUUGUGUAGUUCAUGUAUCUGUGUUGUACCCGUACCUCUGUCGCGCUCUAUGUUCAUUUUUAUACUGUGUACAUGUUCUCUUUGUUAUACUCAGGUUAAUAAAGAAACUCGGACAUUUAA